AAGAUCGGGUUGUUGAUGUUUGUCUGCCAUUCUCGCACAGCGUGCGUGAACGCGCUGAUGGAGUAUCCUGUCUGCGUGAACCGGCUGCGCAGAGGUAUGCAGAUACAUACGUUGACAGGCAGGUAGGAAAGCCAAUUAAAAUGCUUGGACCGAGGAAAGAUGUGUGGGAAAACUUGAUUCCUUACUUCAUUAAGAUUUGUCUAAUUUGUUCUUUGGUUUAUGUUUUCUUUUAUUGUCUGCAUGUUUCUCUUUCUGUCUGUGCUUUUCCUCUGUUCCUGUUUGGUCACACCCUUCUUCAUAAUGAAUGCCUCUGUCAGUAAACACAUGUUGCAAGUGCUCUUGACUGUCCACAGGGAAACCCAGGAACACUAUACAGACUGGUGAGCACCAGCUUUCACUGAGCCAACAGGAGAAUGGUAACUAUCCAAGGCUAACCCAAGAGUUGAAUGACAAUAAGUACCUUGCCCCUCUGCCAAACACCCACAAGCAACUGCAGCAGCCACAGCUUCGUAUCAAUGUUCAACAUGUUGAUGCUCCUCCGAGGGUCCCACCGACUCCAUCGGUGCCUAAUGUGCAGCUGCGAAGGCUAGAGCAGCACCAGCUGCAGUUGCGGCACAUUCGGCAACGCCAGGAACAGGAACGGCUGCAAUGGCUGUGUCUGGAGGAAGAAAGACAGUGGCAGGAGCAGCAAAGGGCAUUGGAGAGGCAACGUCGAGAGCUGCUUCAGUUGCAACUACAACAGCAGCAGCAGGAACACCGACUCCGCCGACAGCUCCUGCAACGGCAGCUUGAGAUGGAGCAGCAACAGAGACUCAAACAUCAGUCACAGGUGAAAAGGCAGGUGAAAGGGCAACCGUGUCUCCAGUCACAUUCAUCUGGACUCUGCACCAUCUAUGAGGCCAUGGAGACCAGCGAGGAAGAAGGGGAUGCAGAAAACGGAUCUACCGCCAACCAAGGUUCCCCCAACCAGACAGGCCAUUCCAUCCCGACAGACCUACCGCUUAGAGUGGCCAAUGGAAACCUUCGCCGACCACCUCCACAGGAACUAGACUGGAACACAAAACUGGACAUGGUCCAGCAGCUUAUUAACCAGGCUAUGCUUCUAGCUGGGGAGGACGGCUGUCUUCCGAUCCUGUACCUACCUGGUCAGGGAGGGGGCAUCCUCAGCCCUCUAGAGAGCAGCAUGUGCCCACACAUCAUGUCCCACUUCGACUGCUCCACCGCAACAGUGGCCUCCGUCAGUAGUUACUCCCCCAGCAGCCAGGCCAGUUCCCCACAGGGUGACUGGACUGUGGUGGAACUGGAGACACAUCACUGACAGUCUGAGCACUAUUCAAUCCAGCAUGUGCACUAAAGACCAGUAUCAAUCACCUAUCCCAAACUAUAAUAGAAAACACUAAGCUGUCCAAUAGCUCUACCUGGAUUUUACAAAUGUAUCCCAUAAGCCUUCUAAUUGGGUCUCUUGUGUUCUAGCUAAUCCCUUCUGAAUGCAGUCAUUUUGAGUCUUCAGUACGCAACCACAUUCCU